ACGAGUAAUAAAUACAUUAACAAAUCAAAUUUAUUUAAUUAUUUAAAUAAUUUAAAAUGCCAGUGAUAAUAACUGAUUACACGUGGCGGCAAACCGCAGAAGAAAUCAUAAUAUCGGUGCCAAUUAAAGGUAGUCCUAAAAAUAUUGAUGUUUUUGCAAUUGAUAAUUAUUUGAAGAUAAGUUACCCGCCUUUCAUACUUGAAUUAUUUUUAUGGAAGAAUAUUAUCGAGGAAGAAAGUCAGUGUAUAUUGUCGGAAUCAUUGGCAACACUGACGUUAAAAAAAUGUGAAAUAGAAGAAGAAUGGCCGAGUCUUAUUGAAGACAAUUUAAGUAAAGAAAAAAAACAUGAGUAUCGUAGUCGAGCUCUAGAACACGCGCGUCUGGCUGCUGAGAAACGGGAAGAAGAUAAAAAAAGAAAAUAUCGAGAUCUAGGUAGACAGGCAGUAAGAGAACAAAUAGAACUCGACUCUAAAGUAUUGAAUAAAAUUAAUGCGACUCGUGAUUCUCAUAGAAGAGAAGCCAUGGACGAGUUUGAAAAUUGGCGGAAAAAUUCAGAGAAAAAAAUUUUUUGCGAUGAGAAAGCUGUAGAACAAGAGAACAGGAAGUCUUACAAAGCUCCACUUAAGUGGUUCAAAAGCGAGUCUGAUGAUUCCCGGUCUACUGAAUCCCAAUCUCUGCAGGCAAUAGAAAUUGAUAAUAAAGAAACUGAUAAAAAAAGUACUUCGGUAAAUGAAGAAAAAAAUUCUCUCGAUAAUGAGAGGUCAUCAAGUCCAAUAAAGCAGUUAGACAAGCAAAACCGUAUCCUUGAUACGUCUUAUAAGGAAAGAGAAGCCGAUAGUAAACGAGGAAAAGAAAUAAUCGAUAAACUUCUAACUGGUAAAUAUCGUAUUAAUAAAAAAAACAAUAUCUUUGACAAGUCUGACGUAAGUAUUCCUGCUCCGAGGGAAUCUGGUAAAGUCACAGUAACAUUCUCGGAACGUGUAUUUCCAACUCCAGCUAGAGAAAGUUAUUAUCUAGAAGAACAAGAGUGGCUUGAAAAACAAGCCGAGGCACGAAGAAAGUGUGGAUUUAUUUCGGAGGAUUUGAGAGUUGAAGAACAAGAUCCUCAGUGGCUGAAAGAUAAAGGAGAUGAAUUUUUCAAGGUCGGCAACUAUUUAGCGGCAAUAAGUGCAUACACUCAUGGUAUCAAGCUGAGUGACAAGAUGUCAAGUCUUUAUGCAAAUAGAGCAGCAGCUCAAUAUGCUUUGGGAAAUUAUCAGAGGUGUGCUGAAGAUUGUUCUAAGGCUCUAGAAUUAAUGGAACCAAAGUGCGAAGGUAAUCGUGAAUCACGGGCCCGGUGUCAUGCCCGUUUUGGUGCGGCUCUCUGUAAAUUGUCGGCACCUCAGCACGGAAUUCCAGAAUUAGAGGCAGCCCUUAAAUUAGCUCCCGACAACGAGACUAUUAAACGUGAUUUAGAAGCGGCAAGAAAAUUCUUUCAACUUGCCAAUUAA